AUGGCUGAGGACAUGCUGACAGAGUUAUACGCGUGGGACUCUGAGAUCGAGGAUGUCUCGGCGUUAGCCACCGACGACCCUAAACGUGACGAUGAUAAAGCCGAGGACGCUUACGAAAAGAUUAUUCAUGCGGCCAGCGUGGACGACGCGAAUGACGUUGUCCUCAGCUUGGCGGCGCAACUUCUUCAUAAACAUUUUUUCCACUUUCCGCACGUUCAGCUGAAUGUGGUGGACGUUCUGCUUAAGCUUUGUGAAUCCAAGCGCUCUCAGGCUGUGCGUAUCCAUACGCUUCGCGCUUUGCUCCAAAUUGUCAAAACGCCCCCCGCCACGGCAAUCGCCCCAACGCCCACAUCUGCCUCCUCUGUCGCGCACAUUGUUACGCGAACCUGGAUGUUGCGUAUUGAAGAAAACGUGAUCCAAAUGUUGGACAACGAAAAAUCCCCUGUCAUUUUGCGCCAAGUGACGCCUUUGCGACAGGCGCUGGAAGAGCGACUACAACAAGUUUUGAGUCAAUCCAGUAUCAACGCUGCCGAUAAUGACAAAAACAUUAACAUGUCACCGCCCUUAGAGCAAAGUCGCAAGCAUUUGCGCGACGUGACUCAAGCUAACGAUGGUGUAUUUUCGGCCGAGCGCGAGAAUAAGAAGCCUAAAUUUGAUGACGAGUCUAGCGGACUUCAAAGCAAUAGAGGAAAAAUUGUGCAGUUGAACCGUGACUGGAGCAAUGCUCAUGACAAUAGCAACGAAGACACGUCCUCCUGGAAAGAAAAGACAUUAAGCGACCGAAUUGUUGAGAACGAAGGCAGGCGCCCAAAAUUUAGUGCACAAUCACCGCGCAACUGUCCUCCUUGUCCAUAUCUCUUUUUGGGAAGCCUUCCCCGCCACACUCCCAGCGCAGAUAUUGUUGAAUUUUUAUCGCCCAUCUCGGCUGAGAUUGACACAAUGAAAGUGCAGAUUAAAGAGCCCGAUUUCAACGCGAAUGCUUACGCAUUCAUUAGCAUGCCGACAAUUGAGCACGCUCGUUUAGCGAUCCACUUUGUAAACGAAAACAAAUUUCAAGGCCGCAAUUAUUUGAAUGCAAAUUUUGCGCGUGGUCCCCCCGUAGACACGUUGCUUUUUGUGGAGCGUACAGCAGACAACGUAAGAAUGGAAGACAAAGAUGCUGUCCGCGACUUUGACUUUACUAAAUGCGAUCCAGAUGUUUGGAAUGACCUGUGUCAACAACUGGAACAGUUUGGCCCGUUAACAUUUGCAGAGAAGGGCUGUGUGCGCUUUCGUAACGUUGAACAUGCCAAAGCAGCAAUUCGAAAACAACUUUUUACUGUGAUGGGAUACAGCAUUCUACCGGUUUAUGAUAUUAAGGAGCAGUUUGCGAUUGAUUCGACGCGCCGCGGCUUUAAUGCGCAGAAAAAGCAGGGAUUUGCGUUGAAGUCAGGACGACUUGUUGGCGGUGAUGACGACGAUCGCAGUAAGAAUACAUAUUACAGAGAAGAUGAAACUUUUAUGGAUGGUCCAAAUGGACGCCGGGAGCAUGACCAAGUGAUGUCGCUGAAAUAUGAUGAACGCAGCUCACUUAGGAAUGAUCGUGAAAGUUUCCGCGGACGAUCUCGUUCUCCUAAGGUGCACCAUAGUAGUGGUCGUUACGACGCUCCAAUGAUUGGAAUGACGAGAGAACGCCGAGCUCCUCGAUCGCGUUCGCAUUCUCCUGUAAUGCAGUCAAAGCCUGGUGCAGGUGAUGGUGGAUAUGGCACAUUUUCCGAUAAAGAGAAUUAUCGUGAGCUUCAAAGCAAAUAUGCGCAUCGAUCUCCAUCUCCGAUCGACAAUCGAAGCCACGAGAGAAGUGUCUUUGAUGAAGAGAUACGCGGGCGAUCUCACGGGCGCGGCAUUUCUUGGAUGGAGCCGCGCCCAAUGGAAAGCUCUCGGAAGCACCGCGAACUUCCGGAGGAAGUUCAAAGCCACAGAAGUUCACAUCGCGGCGGAUUCCCAUCUCCUUCUUUUGGGUCGAGACAUAGUCGAAAAAAUGAAUCUGGAAAGCAGCGCUCAAGUGAUUACCGCCAUAAUUCGGAAGAUGUUCGUCAAUCAUAUCGUCGCGGCGAACCUAUGCUGGAGGGGUGUGGCAAAAUGCAACCACCCUCACCUAAUAGUGCUUUGCAGCUGUCGCGCAGCCAUAGUCGAAGCCCGCCGCGAUUUUCAAAGUACGGAGGAUCGUCAAGGAGCCGACCUCGGUCGCGUUCUCGGUCGCCUCAUAUUGGAAUCAGUAUGGAAAGCAGUGUAUCUCAACGUUCUGGGGGCAAUCGUGGACAUGAAAAACGCUCAAUCGGGAUGCAUCUUCCCGAUGAGCGACUCUCGCUGCCGGCCGAGCGCCCUCGUUAUGCAGAUGAACGCUCUAUUGCUGAAGUUGCUCGAGAUGAGCAGCAGGAGCGUCAACGCUUUUUCCAGCAACAAAGCCAGGGACGCCGUGAUAAUCAUGAUGCUGAUCUGAGCCGUUACGGCUCGGGUAGUGUGAUCGGACAAAGUGGAAGUUCUGGUCGUGGCGGCUUACAAGAUACACUGAUUCUGCUAUAG